CCUCACCAGCGGCGAACGGCGCCUGCAACCGUCGCCCCGGGGUCACCCGUGAUCCAUUCGCGACCAUUGGUGAUCGUAGGACUCGUCAACAUUAGGGUUUUCCUUGGAAGUGUGAUCCAAAUCGUGUAUUGGAUGUGACCUCAGCCGGAAAAUAAUGGCUUAAUUUGGACCUCAGAGCAAUUAAGAUCGUUCAAUUGAAAUUUUAAGGUUGUUGAGAAACAAGCGAACAAAUUGAGAAACAACAGCGAAGAAUCGGUUCCAAGGAUAAAUUGUAACCAGAAGAAGCAGCCAGUCAGGAGGGACUCUUCGCUGGAUGAGAAUGACCAAUCUCGAUGAUGUUUAGACAACAUCGCUCCCGGUUCAAAGUGAUCCUUCAAGAUCGAGUCUCCGGUUUAUAAUUGGUGAUCUCGCAAGAAGAAUUUGAAGUCAAAAUCGCGGUGAUUACGAGUAAAUUAGUAAUGAAACAGAAGGACCGUUUCAACAUUAGUGUGAACUGUUGGUGUUUAUGAAGGUGGACAUGGAAUGUGAAUUGAUUAGAGCGCGGAAACUGGGAAUGUCGAUAAUGCUGAUGAACAAUGGAGAUAGUGUGAAGUUCAACAUCGAUGUUUUGGUUAUCGCACUGUCUCGGAUGCUCCAUUUUCACAAUGAAGACCAGGGACUCUUGAACUGGGUGACGUCGAUCCGUGUCGCGAUGUGCGCAAUUUGAAAUUACCCAUAACAAAAUUGCGCAAUUAUCCAGGACAGUAUGAAGAACACGCAUCGUGGCUGAUGGGAAGAGACUGUGCGCGAAAUUCGAUCUAUAAUCGAUGUUGCACGUUUGAUAGCUAGUUGGAAAUCGAUGAAAGUGUUUGGGCUGAUAGGAAGGGAGUCGUGUUGUGAGCUGUGUUGCCGGCAUCGAGAUUAGACAGUGGCGAAAUUUCCACAAUUUCUGCCUACCAUGCAACCAUUCGCGACAGGCAGCACAAUGGCGACCGAGACACCGACCAGCCUGCCGCCCGAGAGGGUGACCACUCCAACACCCUGCCGAAAUCUGACCUUCUCCAUCGCGAAGAUCAUGGAGCCGGACAAGCGACUAACCGAGCAGAAUAAUUCGGUGCCGCCGCCGCCACCGCCGACGACGACGACGAUCUUGCAACAACCACCGAACAUUACCUCGCCAUCGUACUCGGCGCACCUGAAAUCGGCGUUCGAGAAAUACGUGCCGACGUUGAGGCAUCAAGAUCUGCUCCAGCAUUAUCCCGUAUUGUCCAAGUAUUACCCAUUGUAUUAUCCGAGUCCAUUAUUAAGGGCCUUUCCGGGUCCUCCGGCCUCAACACCGUCAGUCACACAGAGCUCACCACCCCCUACGGCAAUCCAAGAGGCCUCCUCGCGGCUGAGCUUGGCGAGCAUGUCGCCGGAGAACCAGCGCGGCAAGAAGAGUCCAGCGCCGCGGAGCGACCUGGGCACCACGAACAAGCAGAAGACCUUCACUUGCCCGGAAUGCGGCAAGGUGUUUAACGCGCACUACAACCUGACGAGACACAUGCCGGUACACACGGGCGCCCGGCCGUUCGUCUGCAAGAUCUGCGGUAAGGGUUUCCGACAGGCGAGCACUCUCUGUAGACACAAGAUCAUCCACACCGCCGAGAAGCCACACAAAUGCGUGACCUGCGGCAAGGCCUUCAACCGGAGCUCCACCUUGAACACUCACACGCGCAUCCACGCAAACUUCAAGCCGUUCGUUUGCGAGUUCUGUGGCAAGGGUUUUCACCAGAAGGGCAACUACAAAAAUCACAAGUUGACGCACAGCGGCGAGAAGGCGUACAAGUGCAACAUCUGCAACAAAGCCUUUCACCAGAUCUACAAUCUGACUUUUCACAUGCACACGCACAACGACAAGAAGCCGUUCUCCUGCAAAAUCUGCGGUAAGGGCUUCUGCAGGAACUUCGAUCUCAAGAAACACAUGAGGAAGCUGCACGACACAGGCUCGCCAGUGCUCAAUGGACUGGACGCUUCGGGCCAGAGUCACAACCAACAAUCGGGCUACUCGUCGGUAUACCAUGGGCCCGAGCACUCCAUCGUCAGUCCAUUCAUACUCCCCCCUCCUGGGUCUACCAGUUAUCACUCUCUCAGCAAAAUGUUGUGACAGAACGAGAACAUACACUAUUCCAGGAAGACUCAGUACCCGCUUAUUCUCGGUUCACCUUGCUACUCGGCUGACAUGGGUCAGUUGGCGCAAACUUCCAAGUGAAGUAGACGCACACUUUCGAGUUAUUAUUCGGAAAGAACUUUAUCGCGGUCAAGAGGCGAGGGAUUUACGACGCGUUUUAAAGAAAUACACGAUAUAAUGUUCGACGAAUAAAAAUGUAAGUUCGUGGAAAAUUCAAAAAUAAAAGAAAGAUUGUUGUUUACAGUUCGCUUACGAGGAAAGAGUCCAGCAGUCAGUAGUUCACCGAUGUUGCGAAGACUCAAUCGCUUGUUAUGAACGAAACACAAGUGACGAAUGACGCGAAUGAAAUUGCCGCUCGAUUUUCUUACUUUGAUAUGUUGAAAAAACAGCGCUCCCGCGGUUCUCUAUUUUUAUAAUGCAUCAAAUCGAGAGAUCGAGGUUUAUAGAAUUUAUUUUUUCAGAUCAUUUUCAUAAUAUUCCCCAUUUCGCAGUCGAAAAGAAGAAUUCUUGACUAAACUUGUAUUACAUUUUAUCAUCAGAUUAUACUGCAGUCUAACGCUCGAUGGUAGGCGUUGCAACAAUUCAAAUGAGAUACUUUCGAUCAAUAUACGAGGUCAAACUGCGGAAUAUAUACUAGACGUAUCUGAUAUGAAAUAAUUUGCCGCGUGAACUGAAUCGAGCACGUUGGGAGGUAAACCAACAAGACAUAGAUGCCCUAUUAGUCCCUUGGCCAAUCGCGAAGGGUUUUAAUGAUUGAUUUUCGGGCGUUGAUGGCUGCAUCAAUGGACUCCUGCGGGCUAAUUAAUCAUAUAUGUAAAUAUUUGUAAAUAUUUGUAUGUGCAAAAGCAAAUACAUUAUGCGCGUAACGGUGGAGAGGAACGAGGGAGUUAUUAGCAAAGUGAUCUGUAAUUAGGAUCGUCUCAAUACAGAGACUGAUGGAGAGCCAUGAGAGUACGAUAACAUCGUCCGAAAGACUUAUCAAAAAUUCGUCCAGAUCUCAAAGAGAAAAUACUCGCCGUCGAGUUCCAUUAUGUGUUAAUUGUUUCGUCAUUUGGCGCAAGUAAAAAUUCGGCACGAAUAUACGUUUUCAUGGAAGAAAUUGCGAAACUUUUUUUCUUAUUUCUUAAUAAUCAUUUACGCGUAAUAAAGAGAGUUAACUUUAUAUUUUCCUCAGAAAUACCGGUGAUAUAUAUCAAAGAUUGGAUGAAUUGACAAAUUUGUACAUCUCUAAUAUGUCGGCACGUAAAGAAACAAUUGCGUAUCCUCGUGGUUAAAUAAGACUGCAUUAUAAGGAUUUCUAUUUCAUUGGAACAAGAUAGAUACACAUAAUCGAACACGAAGAUUAAAGAAGAUUUUGUAUCGCAAAAUUACAAAUAAGGAGUAUGUGGAUGUACGGAGCGAUCUUACACAUUGACCGCAUAUCUAUUUACAUUUAGGCAAAUGUAUAAAUCGGUGUGAUAGUAGCUUUAAGUGAAUCAUAUAGAUAGCAAAUGAAAUGUUGGUCACUAUUAUCAUUAUUAUUGUAAUUAUUAUAGCUAAAUCAUGAUCAUCGUGACUAAUGCGACUACGAUCAUUAAGAGCGCGCGCGCUUUGCAAUAGAAUCAAGAAAGUUUAUAAGAAUUAUUAUUAUUAUUAUAUUGAAACAAGUGUCUAUCUAUUUAUGCAUUUUUAUUUACAUCUUAUGGCUAAAAGAGCAACCUAAACAUUAUUCCUUCCGUCGUAUGUAAAACAAAUUUCAAAACACGCACCGCGUUACGAGGCAAAAUUGAUUGUUUACAACGAAAGAAUGGUUUGUUUCACAUUACGUUGAACAUUUAUUUUGACGGAGAAAAACAUAAUGGACUCUUGUCUACGUAUGUGUAUUGUGCGAGCUAGAUAAGUGGCAAUUAAUCGCGGUGGAAAUAAUCAAGCAUAACUAAAGACGAAAGAUUAUAUAUGUAGAUAAUCGGUAGAGUAGAUGAAAAUGCAUAUGUAUGUGUCCCUGUUGUAAAUAUGAGUCAAUCCGAUGCAAUAAAUUUAUCGAUA